AUGGUUACUAUUAUAUCUAUCCUAAGCAGUAUAUGUUGGAAGAAAUAUACUAUUGUCUUGAAAAAUCUUCUUUAUUCGAAAGGAUCACCUUUACUUUUUAAAAAAUCAAUUAUAAAUAUAUCGAAUAUAGACAAUAUAUCAAAAAUUAUAAAUAGAAUGAAGAAUAGUUCUGAAUCUUAUCCAAUAGAAUAUAAAAAGAUAUUCAGGUGGAUAAAUAUUAUGAAAACGUUGUGUACGUUAAAUUCUAAAAACUGCAUUGAUGGAAAAAGCUGA